CCUUCACCAUCACAACCCGAUAUAACCCAACAAUUAAAAAAAAAACAUUUCGUUUAUCAGUAAAAAAAUGGUGAAUAUUCCAAGAAUUAAACUUGGUUCACAGGGUUUAGAGGUAUCCGCUCAAGGUUUGGGUUGUAUGGGUAUGUCCGCUUUCUACGGACCCCCUAAACCUGAACAUGACAUGAUCAACCUCAUCCACCAUGCCAUUGAUGCCGGUGUCACCCUUCUCGACACCUCCGAUGUCUAUGGCCCCAAAACCAAUGAAAUCCUACUCGGAAAGGCUUUGAAGGGAGAGGUAAGGGCUAAGGUGGAGUUAGCGACCAAAUUUGGGAUCAAUACUGAGGAUGGAGCUUAUGAGAUCCGUGGCGAUCCGGCAUACAUCAGGGCUGCUUGUGAAGGUAGCUUGAAGCGGCUUGAGAUCGAUUGCAUUGAUCUAUAUUAUCAACACCGAAUUGACACACGUGUGCCCAUUGAAAUCACGAUGGGAGAAUUGAAGAAAUUGGUGGAAGAAGGGAAGAUAAAAUACAUAGGAUUAUCAGAAGCUUCGGCUUCUACUAUUAGAAGAGCCCAUGCAGUCCACCCAAUAACUGCUGUUCAACUAGAGUGGUCCUUGUGGUCCAGGGAUGUUGAAGACGAAAUUAUCCCAACUUGCAGAGAACUUGGCAUUGGAAUAGUGGCAUACAGUCCUCUAGGACGUGGAUUUCUUUCAUCGGGUCCCAAGAUGGCUGAGAAUUUGACAGAGGGCGAUUUCCGUCAGACUCUACCAAGGUUCCAACCUGAGAAUCUUGAGCAUAACAAAAAGUUGUAUGAGAGAGUUAGCGCGAUUGCAGUAAAGAAAGGGUGCACCCCAUCACAGCUAGCAUUAGCAUGGGUUCACCAUCAGGGGAAUGAUGUGGUGCCAAUACCAGGAACCACUAAGAUUGAAAACCUUCAACAAAACAUUGGAGCUUUAUCUGUUAAACUAACACCUCAAGACAUGGCUGAGCUUGAAUCCAUUGCUUCAGGGGAUGCAACUAAGGGUGAUAGAUACAUGGACGGUUUCCCUACGUAUCUACAAUCUGACACCCCACCUUUGUCUUCUUGGAAAGCUUAAUAAGCAUGUCGCUUUUGCUAUGACCUUUUCAUAUUAUGUUUGUGGUCAUCAAUCAUUCGUCUUGUUUGUAACAAAAAACCUACACAUACCAUUGUAUGUUUCCUUCUUGCCUUUGCUUUUGAGUUUAUGAUAAUAAACCUUAACUGAGGAAUUAUUUGA